AUGGAGAAUUCAUGGCUAUCAGAGCUGGACAUUCAAGCAAAUGCUCUCAGUACUCCAACAGUCUCAUCACAAAUCGAAUCGCUGACAGCCAUUCUCUUAGAAGAUGGGUAUAAUUCAAAUGGAUUUUCUGGGCCACAAGUGCAGCAAUGGAGGGAAGAUCACGGACAUGGCAGCUUAACAACUACUCAACACCUUCAUCAGCGGGCAGAGAAUCAGAUUCGUGGUUUUGGAGGAGAAAAUAUCUCUGCUCAUAAUGAAUAUCCAUCGUUUCAAGCUUCAGAUGCAUUGUUACAAUGUUCAAAUGCAGCUAAUGAUGGUGAUAAUGUAGUUAAUGUGAAGAGGCACAAGAAAUACAUCAUGGCAGAACGCAAUCGACGUCAGAAACUCAACGAGAAAUUGAUUGCUUUGUCAUCUCUGGUUCCUGGCAUAAAGAAGUUAAACAAGGAGAGUGUGCUAAGUGAGACAAUAAAAUACGUGAAGCAUCUGCAAGAGAAAAUAAAUGCAUUUGAGCAGGGGCAGCCUGGUGUUCCUCUUCAACUUCAAACCAACUCCCAAGAAAGAGGAGAUCCAGAGAUCAAAGUACAACUUACCCAAAACAAAUUCUUGAUUGGCAUAGACUGCGCUGCGAGGAGAGGUUUGCUGGUAAAAUGUCUCACCCAGCUGGAAAAUCUUGAGCUUUCAGUUGAGAACGCCAGCAUAUUUUCCUUUGCAGAAGAAACACUUCAUCUCACUUUUACGGGACAGGUGGAAAUGAAGAGUGGGUGCAACCUAGCCAUUACUGACAUAGUAGAAACUUUACAAGAAGUUUUCAGAGAGCCACAUUGAAUAUGAAGAGCUUAAACUGUUUGUAUGUUGUGGUCAAUAUGUAAAUAUUUUGUAAUAAGGUUGGUGACUAUCAUAAAGUGUUAUAGGUAUCUUGUUGUCAAUGUGUCAAUACUUUACUUUAUAAUAAGGUUGGUCACUAUCAUUUAUACAUAUCAAUACUUUGUAAUGACGUUGGUAAUUAUCAUAAAGUGUGAGGUACAUUGUGGUUAACACGUCAAUGUUUUUUUUAUGAUGAGGCUGAUCUUUGUUGUAAAGUGCAGGAACGUUGACCACAACAUGUUCAUU